UUCGGUGAUUCCCCGCGAGACACGUGACCUCUCCGUCACGCGUUCUGUUCCACUUUAAAACUGCCGUAGUUUUCCUCAUCUUUAGUUGCCCGCGGUUCAUCUUUACUUGUUGUUUGAGCUCCGAGGAAAAGUAAAUAAAUAAAAUGUUCACCUUCGUGUUCUGCCUGCUAUUGAACAUCGCAGGGGUUCUGAGUCUCCAACCCGACCUUCUGUAUGUGACUGCGCAGUGUGGCCAGGAUGCGGUGCUGCCCUGUAGGGCGAACUCGGAGAAGAGUGUCCGCUACAGAACUGUGACCUGGUACAAGGAAAUUCAUCAAAAUCUCACUGGAAUUUUGUUUAGUGACCUAAAGUCGAAUGUGACCAAAAGGUAUCAACUCUUCAUUCGAGAAGCAGAAAUACAAACUAUGAGUCCUUAUAAUCUGGUGUUAAAAAAUGCAACAGCCAGUGACUCUGCACGAUACUAUUGUCAUUAUUCAGCUCCACUGGGAAGACGGAAUAAAUCUUCAUAUAUCACAUUGAAAGUUCUUGACUGUCCUAGAGAAAACAAAGAUGAGAUCAAAGAGAAUCUGUCAAAGAAAGUAUUUUAUGGAGGCAGUUACUGGGAUUGUAUCCUUGUGUCGCUGCUGAUAAUCGUAUCAUUGGUGAUCUGUUUCCUCUGCUGGAAAUGCUUGGAAACUGUACUCCGAGAAGGUCUGGAAGAGAGGAGGGAACAAAUAAAACAGAAACUGAAGGAUAUUCAAAUGAAGGCAAAUCUGUCCCUUCUGCAGAAAAGCACAAUAAGUGCAGGUGUACCACAGCCUUCUGUGAACAGUUCUUUAGUUUCUUAAGUGACAGUGAGUGUGCUCAAAUGGAAAGCAUUUGUGUGUAUUUUAAAUAGCAGCUGCAGCCCAGAGAAUAUGGAGAAGAAAAAAAAUGAAGCUGUUGAAGGAGAACGACAGAAGAAACAUGGAAAUUUUUAAGGUGCAUUGUUAUAAGGUGGCUGUGUUUGCCAAGUUAUCAGAGUGGAAAGAUACCGAGAAGAAUUCAUCUUUGCAAACAAUGUGCACCAUUCUUGCUAAUUAAGCACUGUUUGACUUUUAUUAAAAAAAAAAAUGUAUUGUGCAUACUGUGCAUAAAGCUUCUGAGUAGAUGAUAUGGAUUAAUGCUUUUGCAUUAACUGAGAGCCAUCAAACCAUUUCCAAAACGUUUGAAUUUGUGAAUAAUAAAUCAAGCUACAGACUUUUAAGCACCCUGAAGUGGAUCACCCCAAUGUUGUUAUAUGAAGAUCUUUAAUACUACUGAUAUUUUCUGUGUUUUGAUGCAGUCUUGACGCCUUUUUGUGUUUUCAUGCACCACGUACCCUUUCAACUUUUGGAGUUGAUUCACUGUGAUGUGACUCGGGUGCCAAGUGCACACAUUUCAGAAAUGACAGAAGCUGCUUAGCAAUGUAUAAUAACCUAUACUAUGUAUAGAUCUCGAUGAAGCUUUCACACGUGCAGUUUGAUUAAACAAGAUAUUUCAAAUUGUU